CGGCCCCUCUCGGAGGGAGCCAGGGUUAGGCAGCCCUCCCAACAUUCAGGUUGGGAGGGCCCACCAUGAAGAAGGUCAAGAAGAAAAGAUCUGAGGCCAAACGCCAACGGGACUCCAACUCGCAGCAUGGCAGCUCCAACUCCACCCCGCAGCAGCCCAGCCUGGAGAACCCGCCACAGCAGCCCCUACGCCCCGAGACUGCCCCUGUCGCUCAGCAGCCUCACCCUGAGGCCGCCCCUCAGCAGCCUCGCCCCAUCACUGCCCCCCAGAAGCCCGCGUCGCAGACACCUCCAGACCAAGGAAGCCGAAACUCCUCUGGGAGCCUGUUGUCCCCCGACUCGAACUCCAAGGCCGUCCCGCAGUCCCGGAAAUCAAGGCAACUGACUCAUUCGAGCCCACGUUCCUGCCCCUGUGCUGUCUGCCCAGGCAGCUCUGCUUGCUGGCGUCGUCUAGGGCUGUGCCACAGCCGCAUCUUCGAUGUCCUUCUGCCUCGAGACUGGCAGCUCGUGCCAGGGAGAGGAUGCCCAAGCCUUCUCACCUUCUACAGACGACCUUCAAGAAAACACUCCUCAGGACAUCGUAACACACGUGCUCCAUGCCCUCGGGACUGUGGCUGUGGCUCUGGGGGCCCUAGGAGCUGCCUACUACAUCGCUGAGUCCUUGUGAACACGCCUCCAGGCCCACGGUCCAGCAGAUCCAGUUUCCAUCUAAGGAUCUCACCUGUCACCAAAUAAAGUAAAAAAAAAAAAAAAAAAAUCCUGU